AUGACUUCCCAUCCCAGCAUCAAAUGCGUUCGCAUCGGCAUAGACGUAGGUGGCACAAACACAGACGCGAUCGCCAUCGACACAUCACUGCAACACACCGAGACUCGGGGCCUCCUCGCCCACUUCAAGACACCAACCACGCCCGAUGUCACCGAAGGCAUUCAAACCGCUAUACGGGCUAUACUCGAUCUCUCGCGACUUUCCACCUCGGACAUUGUGAGUGUUACCAUAGGAACGACUCACUUUAUCAAUGCCGCGAUUGAACAAGAUGCCCGUCGCUUGAACAGAGUGGCUAUCAUUCGUCUUUCAAAAAGCUUCCUUCGCGAAGUUCCUCCUUUCUCGGACUUUCCUCCUGGACUUGCAAAAAUCAUCAACGGCUACGUGGGCUAUGUUGAUGGCGGUCUCCACAUUGACGGCUCUCAAGAAUCUCCUAUCGUCGAAUCUCAAGUCGUUGCCAGGUGUGCCGAAAUCAAAGCUCUUGGAUUGACCUCGGUGAUCUUCCAGCAGGAGGAGCAGGUCAGAAAGAUCGUGACCAGAGAGCUCCCGGGUGUCGAGAUUCGAGAAAAUGCUAGUAUCUUGAAUGCAGCAAUCCUCGAUUAUGCCAAACGAACAGUCAGCGGUUUCCGUCGCGCAAUGAAGGCAUUGAAGUUGACCUGUCGACUAUUCCUUACUCAAAACGAUGGCACGUUGCUCGAUUCUGCGUCUGCCGCCAAGUUUCCCAUCCGUACAUUCGCUUCUGGUAUGACGAACUCAAUGCGCGGUGCUGCCUACUUGGCUGCUCACGACACUCGAAAAUCCUCGGCCAUUGUCAUAGAUAUAGGCGGAACAACAAGUGAUUGCGGCGUCCUCCUUCCUUCUGGUCUUCCUCGACAAGCUGCAGCAUAUGUUACAGUUGCUGGAGUACGCAUGAAUUAUGCUAUGCCACACCUCCACAGCAUAGGUCUUGGAGGCGGUACCAUUGUGCGAAAAGAGGCCGACGACAAGGUCGUUGUUGGACCAGACUCAGUCGGGCAUUACCUUACAAGAGAUGCUUUGGUGUUUGGAGGCGACAUAAUGACGGCAUCUGACAUUGCCGUUGCUGCAGGGAAAGUCAAAAUGGGUGACAGUGGUCUUGUCGCUCACCUCAACCAGAAGGAAGUCGUGAAUGCACAAAACAGCAUUAAAGCACUCCUCGAAAGAGCGAUUGAUGUGAUGAAGACUUCUCCUGACCCGAUGCCAGUCCUUUUAGUAGGAGGUGGUGCAGUCAUCGCUCCUACCUCUCUCGAAGGUGCUUCCGAGCUUACCCUUCCACCAUACCACGAUGUCGCAAAUGCUGUUGGUGCAGCCAUUUCCAAGGUUGGUGGUGUCGUCGACACGAUUCAGGAUGUUUCAGGUCAGACUUUCGAGCAAGCUGAGCAGAGAGCCAAGAAUCUCGCUAUUCAACGCGCCAUUGAUGCCGGUGCUAUCAAGGAGAGUAUCAUAAUUGCGGAGGUCGAGAGCUUACCUGUCACAUACGUCGCCAACCAAUUGAGAACGAUAGUGAAAGCAGUGGGUGAGCUGGAUCUCACGGCGCAGUCGCAGACAACCAUGGACGAUACUGAGUCUGAGAUCGAACAUGAGGAAGAAGGCGUCAAGAAGGCUGCGCCCAAGACCAUCGAGGUACCUCGAGUUGACCCAAGAACCUAUGUUCCUUCAAUAGUCAAGAACGAGACAACUGGCAACUCGGAAUGGAUACUCUCUGAAACGGACAUCGACUUCAUCUCCAAUGGUUGCUACGUCCUGGGCUGCGCAGGAGGCGGCUCAACAGCAGCAUCGCGUUUGCAACUACGUGCAAUGCUUCGUCAAGGACAUAAGAUGAGGAUAAUAGAUGCUUCUGCUCUAUCGAAAGAUGCAUUGAUCUACUGGGGAGGUCAUAUGGGAUCUCCAUCAGUGUCAGUCGAGCGUCUCCAGUCUCUAGAGACAGUCGCUGCAUUCCGAGAGCUCAUGGAUUACUUGCACCAUGACAAGGUGGAUGCUGUCAUGGGACUCGAGAUUGGUGGUGCCAACGGUAUGGAACCACUUCUCGUGGGAUCCUCCCGCUUCUUCGACUGUCCAGUCAUCGAUGCCGACUUCAUGGGCCGCGCCUAUCCUACUUACUGGCAGACCACCUUAGCCGUACAUUACCCUGGCGAGCUUGUGCCCUGUGUCAUUGAUUCUGGCGAUGGAAAAACGAUCCUGAUGACUAAGGCACCAAAUGACGAGAUCGUUGACCGAGCCCUACGUGCAUCUUGCGCAGAGAUGGGCUCGCGAGUGGGAAUGGCAGCAAAGCCCACGACGACGGAGAUAGUGCGUACUUCGGGAGUCCUAAACACCAUGUCGCUCGCCUGGCGCAUUGGUCGAUGUAUCGCUCUAUCAGAGGCCACCAACACGAUGGCCACCGUGGCAGAGGCAAUCGUCAACGAGGCCGGCGGACCCAAGAGUGCGAAGAUCUUAUUCCGUGGUAAAAUCACACAGGUCGAACGACGUGUAUACAAAGGACACUCGCACGGCUCCAUCACAAUCACUGGAACGGAAGAGGACGACGAAGGCGCAGCUACGACAGCCGCAAACCGCAUGCCCGCCAUCAAGUCCGGGGGCCAAUUGAAAAUUCCCUUUAAGAACGAGAGCAUUUUUGCCGAACACACUUCGGAUUCAGGAGAGAAGGAAUACCUUGCGCUGGUGCCUGAUCUCAUUGCUGUGCUGGAUGCUGGCUCUGGUUGUGCCUUGGGUGUUCCUGACUUCAAGUACGGCUAUUACGUUGUUGUGAUUGGCAUUACGUGCUCCCCACUUUGGGUAAAUACACCGGAAGGUAUCAAAAUUGGUGGACCAGGUGCAUUUGGGUACGAUCUUGAGUACAAAGCUUUAGGAGAAUAUGUGGAGCCGAAGAGCGUUAUUGCAGAAUAUAGUACAUAG